CGCGAGUGAGGGCGCUCAUCACAUUUACCAAACUUUCUUCACAUAUUUCUAAAAGCAAGAUAUACAAAGCAAGUUCAAAGUUAUUACCAGGAGGGCAGGUAGAAUAUCAUGGAAGGACAGACGCGGUUAAUAAUGGAAGUUUCUAAAGAGUUAAAUGAACAGACUGUUUUGAAAAAUGAAUUGUCAUCAUUAAAGAAAGACAGUAGAGUGUAUGAGAAGCAGUCAAAUAGUGGUAUUUUCUUUUUGAGUGACCAGUCUGAAAUGCUUAAAAAAUGUCAUCAGAAAAUUCAGCGAUUAAAGUGCGAGGAAGAUAGAUUGAAGAAUCCGGGAAAAUCAUGAAGACAUGCUGUUAGGAUGCUCACCGAGCAAAACAAGACACUUAAUUGUUUUUCUUUCAGAAAACAUUCCAAGGGUUUAACACCACAGAUACUACUAUCUGCUUGUGUUACAUAUGUGGUACGGUAUCUGAUGUAAUGUACAGUAGUUGUAUUUGUAUAGCGCCUUACACAAUCAAUAGAUUGUCCAAAGGCGCUUAAAGUAAAAGUAAGAAAUACAAGAUUGAUUUAAAGUGAACUAAAAAGAUAGGUUUUCAUCUGACUAUUGAAAACACCAACUGAGGGUGACUGACAGAUUGACUCGGGUAAGCUGUUCCAUAGUAUAGGAGCUGCAACUUUAAAGGCUCGCUCUCCAUAUGUUUUAAGGCAACUGGAAGGACAGACAAAACCGGUGUAUUGGUAGUCGACCUAAGGGAUCUAGUGCAGGUUGAAGAUCUUAGUUUGAUGAGAUCAGAGAUGUAUGAUAAACCACAGACGAACAAAACCAACAUUUUGACAUCAUUUAGAAUGCAAUGAUCAUAUAAUAUAAUUAUAUCUGCCAUUGGUCUAGAUGUUAUCAACUGUUAAAUUUAGAUAUGAUGGUUGUACAGGUUUAUUCGUUAGCAACAAAUUCCAUAUUGACAUUAAUUAAUUAUUACAGUAUUAAAUAUUGUAUAGUUAUGGAAGAUUUGUCUGUGAUAAUACUGAAUAUCAUAAUCAUUGGUUGCAUAAAAAAAAUCCUCAAACCAUAUAAAUUGAGUAAUUGAAAUAUAUGAUAAAAAACAUAAUUAAACAAUUCAUUUGCUUUAUUCCUUUGGAUUCAAAUACUCACAAUAAGUCACAGAUUUUUUGUGACCACUAUGGACAAUACAUGUUAGCACAUAUCAGAGUAUCUAUAUCAAUUGCAGGUGGGGGGGGGGUGGGAUUAUUACAUGCUGUACUACAGUUAAACUUGCCUAAGUCGAAUAAUUUAUAAAUUGAUUUAAUUUUACAUGCCAAAUUGUUGUGUUUUUCAUUAUAUUGCAUUAUAUAACAAUCUGUAAGUCGAAUUUUAUCUAAGUCAAACAAUAUUUCAAUGGCAUUUUACAUUCGACAAGUUCAACUGCAUUAAAAUGAAAGAAAAACGUCUGAAAUAAAUAUCUGACUGCAAGAGAAAAA